GACCAGCUUAUUAAUUUUGUUUGGGUCAUGUUUAUCUCCAAUAAUGGAGUUCUUGUACCCUUUGUUGUGUUCUUGGUUUCAACGUCUGUGUUUUCACCAACAUGGGUUGUUUUUGGGGAGCAGAGCAGCUUCAAGAGACCUGAUCCUUUGCGCCACUUAAAGUCUUACAAUGGAGGCUACGAUUUGAAAAACAAGCAUUACUGGGCUUCUGCGGCAUUUACAGGAGUGCAUGGAUAUGUAAUUGCGGGAGUUUGGUUGAUAUGUGGGCUUGUAUUUAUGAUUUGCAUAGCCUUCUUGAGGAAUUCCAGCAUUAGGAGUACUUGCCCCAUUAAAGACUUCUUGGACAGUCACUUCAUCUUCAUCUUCAUCUUCAUGCUCGCCCUUCUCUUCACAAUUCUAGCCAUAGUUGCAUCAAGUUUGGCGCUGGUAGAAAACCAAAGAUCUAUGAAGACAACGGAUAAAUUGAAGGGAGCCAUAUUGAGCCAGGCUCAAAAUGCUCGAAGAACCAUCAGAAAAGUAACAAACGCAAUGCGACAUAUGCAAUACCUUUUGCUGCCUUAUGAUCCAGCCUUGGCUAUGAGCUUUAACGUGACAUCCCGCCAACUUGGAAAAGACUCACAAAAUAUUCAACUUUUUUUGGACAAAAAUGGGCGUACAAUUGAUCGAGUUAUUCAAACCCCAUACGUGGUGCAUCUUGUGGUUGUAGCUGUCAACUUGGUGUUGUUGGUUUCGGCAUUAGUUCUCCUCUUGCUGCAUUGGUACCCAGGACUAGUUGUUGUAAUCUUUCUUUGCUGGAUAUUAACAACUCUGAUUUGGGUUUUGACUGGCUUCGAUUUCUUCCUUCACAAUUUUGCAGAAGAUACAUGUUCGGCUUUGGAAGAUUUUCAACAAAACAGCCACAACAGUAGUCUAAGCUCGAUCCUACCAUGCUUAGAUCCUGAGCGCUCAGAGAAGCUGAUGGGUCAAAUUGGCUACACUAUACACAGUUUCAUAAAUCAGUUGAAUUCUAAAGUAACAGAAAUUGCCAAU